AUGCCCGCCGAAGGAGUCUACUUCAGCCCCAGCGGCAAAAAGACCUUCAUCCCCCUCGAAAACAACCCGGACGUCUUCACCCCGCUCAUCCACGACCUCGGCAUCUCCCCCUCGCUCGGCUUCUACGACGUCUACUCCCUCGACGAACCCGCUCUCUUGUCCCUCAUCCCCCGCCCCGCCCUCGCGCUCAUCUUCAUCACCCCCUCGCCCAUGUACCACCAGGUCCGCGCGCAGGACGGUACCCGCCUCGCGCACGACGGGGUCACAUACGCCGGCUCCGGCCCCGGCGAGCCCGUGACUUGGUUCCGCCAGACGAUCGGCAACGCGUGCGGACUCUACGCUCUGAUUCAUGCGGUGGCCAACGGGGAGGCGCGGGAGUUCGUAAGCAAGGGCAGUCUGAUGGAUCGGUUGUUGGAGAAGGCGGAGCCGUUGGGCUGGGAGGAGAGGGCGGCGGUGUUGUAUGAGAGCGAGGAGCUGGAGGAGGCGCAUAUGAAGGCGGCGAGAAGGGGGGAUACUGUUGUUGCGUUGGCGAAGAAGGAGGAGUGA